CAAAACUAGUAUACUCUGUUCUGUAGCUGCAUAAAAAAAAACCAUCCAAUUUCUCUGCUAAGAUAUUCCUAAUGGGUACACUGCAGAAUCGAAUUCAAUCAAAACCCUAAUUUCCCUCAAAUUUUCAUCAUAUACUCCCGGUAAUAUAGGAGGUGAGACGAGUUCAAUUAUGGCCGAUUUACCGGGUUAUUUACACUACUGCUUACAGACCGGAAAACUUGUGGUUUUGGCGAUUUUAGUUUCGGGCGGAGUCAUAUUGCAAAUCUUGGCAUGUGCUUUGUACAAUAAUUGGUGGCCAAUGUUGACUGUAAUAAUGUAUGUCCUUCUUCCAAUGCCAUUGAUGUUCUUUGCUGGCUCUGACGGUUAUUCCCUUUUAUCUGAAUCUGGCAACAGUUGGGCGAAUGCAACAAAGUUCUUGGCCGGAGCUUCUGCAAUAGGAAGCAUUGCUAUACCAGCUAUCUUAAAACAUGCCGGAGUUAUCAGUUGGGGCGCAUUGGCAAUGGAACUUUCAUCGUAUUUCGUUUUUGUACUGGCCAUAAUGUUUUAUAUUCGUAUGAACAAUGAUAAUGAUUAUAGUUUCUUCUGAAAAAUCAUGUUGAAAGCACUGUAAAAAUUUGUUCAUAGGAUGCUAUACCUUUUCCUGUUUUGACAAGCUUCAUUCAUGUUUGUUCUUUGUAUAAUGUGUGCCAUUAUUGUCUUUGAACAUUUAUUACACCAAAAAAAAUGUGAAGAAAACCUAGUUUGAGUUCCUAGAA